GGCGGCGGCACUGCGAGCUGAGCCGGGCAGCACCGCGCAGAGCCGAGCGGGCAGGCAGCCGGCAGGCAGGCACCCACCGUCAGCCCUCCCCUACCAGCCAUGAGCCAGCGCCGCGGGCCCCCCCCGCGGGCCGACAUGCUGCCCGAGAUCGCCGCCGCCGUCGGUUUCGUCUCCGGGCUGCUGCGGACGCGGGGCUGCGUCAGCGAGCAGCAGCUGCAGGUCUUCAGCGGAGCGCUGCGGGAGGCGCUCGCAGAGCACUACAAACACCACUGGUUUCCUGAGAAACCGUUCAAAGGCUCUGGGUACCGCUGCAUCCGGAUCAAUCACAAAAUGGACCCCAUUAUCAGCAAGGCAGCUAGCCAGAUCGGACUCAGCCUCCCGCAGCUCUACCAGCUCCUGCCCAGCGAGCUCACGCUCUGGGUGGACCCCUAUGAGGUCUCGUACCGCAUUGGUGAGGACGGCUCCAUCUGUGUCUUGUACGAAGCAACAGCAGCCAAGCCUGUGAGCUCCUAUGGGAUGCUUACCUGUAAGAACCAGAUGAUGUUAGGUCGCACAAGCCCUUCGAAGAACUACAUCAUGACUGUCUCCAGCUAAAUACUCCUCUUGUCCUUACACUGCCAAGACAUGGGCUACUGUAUACCUCACCCGAGGAUCUAUUUUUAAAAUGAAGAGCUAUUUAUAUUUUUUAAGAAAAUCCAAGAAAAUCAAAAUUAAAAUAUCAGGCGCUGCUUCAGACAGAAGCAGUGCUUUUAGGUGCCUUUUUUUAAAAAGCUGUUGCAGGCUUGAGGUUUUUAUUAUGAAGCUGAUAUCUACCUAAUUAGUGUUGGAUGGCAGUUUUGGUGAGCUGGCUUGCUCACUGGGCAGCUUGGAAUGAAGGAAGAGGGGAAGGAGAGGCCAGCUGGGAAGUGUGGCUGGUGACAGGACCUGAGUGUCACCUCCUCUCCAUCCUGGUACCCAGCAGUGCCGUGGUGUCGCCAAGCAUUGCAGUGCUGUUAAGGAAUGGAUGAGAGAGUUACUGCGUUUCCUUCACUAACUCAUGGCCAAGCUGGUCUGAUCUCCCUGGGGAUGGUGUUUGGUAACCCCCAGGGGCUGGGUGGUGCUGGGAACCUGUGCAGUGGAGGUUCCCAAUACUGUAAAUGCUGUGGUGGCACCCGGUGCUAUUUGUUCCUGGUGCUGCCCAGCACCUGGCUGUCACCACAGCUUGCUGCUCGCUGGGGGGCUGCUCCAGGCCCUGAAACCAGCACUGAGCUGCACUCCUCCAUCGGGUUCAGACAUCAGCCUGUGCCCUGCAGCUGUGUCCCCUCUUGUGUGUAGAAGUUGCCUAAUUCAAUGCUGAUCCCACUCUGCAUCACUUCUCUGGAAGAGCUGAAGCAACUCGCCUUGCGCCCUAGAAGUUGCUGUGUAAGUUCCCCUCUUGCCCUCUCUCUUUAAAUCUAAAAGUAUUGGGAGACUCUUCCCCUGUGCUUGUGGCUGCCUGGGGUUGGUGUCCAUGCUGGUUUUAAAUUCACAUCUUUUCCUCCUUCCCUUCCUCCCCUGGGUGCUCAGCACGUGGCUGAGCCUUGGAGCUGCCCCAGCUGAGACCUCAGAGGGGCAGUACCUGGUUCUGGUUUCUUGGUACCUGUUUUGUACAGUGCCUGGCCCUUCACCUCCUGAAGCAGAGCUCCUCUCACUGGUACUUUUUGUUCAGGGAGGUUUGCCUGAGUGGUGUUCAGGUGUUUGGCCCUCUGGCUUCUGCAGGUGGGGUGGGAACCGAAAAUGCUGCCCCAAACACUGCCUGUGGGGAAUGAGCCUUCACCAGCAUGAGAUCCAUUGCCUUUCUUAAGAACAGCUGGUGCUCCUCCAGUGAUCCCAGUAGAAGUGAUGGGGAAAUUCAGGGCAUUGACAUGGCCUGUUCUAAUGAAACUUCCUCAGAUCUGUUUUGCAGAAUGCUUUUAUUGUAACCUUCCUCCUUCCUGAGCCAGCAGCUGACUGGCAUCCCGGAGCUGCUCUUUCCCGGCCUUGGGUUCAAGUUCUCAGACAAUUGUGCAAUAUAUUUCAAAACCAUGGAUGCUCUGGGAGAGGAAGGAAGCCUCCUGUCUGCUGCUUGGCUUUUUUCUCAAUACACGAAAACAAAGAAGUGCAGCUCCCCAACUCUGACUACUACUUAUGUGGGAAAACUUACAGAUUCCUGUAGCAGUUUCAAAUAAUGAUUUCCUGAACUGGAAAACCAGCAUUUUGAUUAAAUGUCAAGUGGUGUUACUUUGUCCUUGAGCUGUAUGAGGCGGUGGCUCAGGAGUUGCAUCACUUCAGUUCCUCACAGCAGCGAAGCAGAAGCUGAACUGAAGCGCUGGGACUUUUCCCCUGCUGCAAUAGGUGACAUCACCAAGAGGAGAGCGCUGGGAACUACCGAAAACCAAGUUCCCUUUUCAGCAGAGAAAAGAUCAGGGUGCUCUCUGUAGUUCUUGCUUCCAAUCUGCUGGUGUGGGAACUGCAGUGUGCUCAGGACAAAUGCUGUUUGCUUUGGCCCUUGUGGCUGGGUGUGGGCUUCCCUGGGCUUUAAUGUCUGCCUCCCCGUUACUGUUCCCUCCCUCUUAGCAGAAAAGAAGUUCAGAGGAACAGCCCACACCAAAGGAAUGUGCUGUUGCACUUACUUUGCUCCUGCUUCUGACACAAAAGCUGUCACGUCCCGUUCCUUGUCCCUGGCAUGGAGGAGCCUCACGUUCAAGUGUCUUGGUAGCUUCAAGCCCAAUCAAAUUCAGGUGCAACCCCUUCCUCUUGUAGCUGGUUCCUUGUAAAAGCUGUGAAUUACUGUGCUGUUGCCUUCUUGCCCACAAGCCUGAAUGGUGUGUUUUCAGAAGGUGUUUGGGAGCUGGGGGGGUUCUCUCACUGUUUAAACAAAGCUGGACUGUUGACCGGGACCUGCUUUUUUUAUUGGGUGGAUGUGGUGGGACGUUUGUAAGCUACACAUGGAGGAAGAGAUGGAUGGUUACUAAUUGUACAGUAGUGUUUUUAUAUACAGAGUGUACAGAUCCUUAUGCUUUUGUUACUUUAAUAAAAAUGUAGCAGCGUU